GUUAAUUAUCCACCUGUUUUCACGCACAUUAAUUAUGCAAGUUUGUAUUCAGUCCCACGUACGUACAUCCGCAAGGGAUGUGGCUGGGCUGGCCACAGCAAAGUCUAAAAAACAAUGCUUCCUUUGUCUUACAGGUUGUAUUUCUGGGGUGUCCAUGGAGUGUUUGCAGAGAUAGUGUUUACUGGACUAUGGGACUUUGUUGUGAGUCAUCGUUGGUCCCUCAUGGGUGCUACCUCCAUCUGGUCGUUCCUCAUCUAUGGCUUUGGAUCUCUGGCUGCUGAGAGACUCUACUACAGCUUCCAUUCACGAGGGAUGCCCCUACUUGUCAGGGGGGCUGCAUACGUGAUGGCUGUAUACGCUUGGGAGCUGAGCUGUGGUUUACUAUUAGACUGUUUUGGAGGGAGGGGAUGGGACUACACAAGCUUCAGCUACAACUUUAUGGGUAUUAUCACUUUGGAGUAUGCUCCACUGUGGCUGCUUGGAGGACUAUACUUCGAGUUCCUCAUGAGAGCUCUCUCUAGACUAGAAGUCAAACCAUUAUGGAAACUAAGACUCAAAAACAGUUAAAAAUUAUUUAUAUACUUUUUUGAUUGAAAGCUAGCCUACAUGUAGCUACAAUUGUCUAUAACAUUGACGUAAGGUUAUACACACAGUUAUUGUAAUUAUAGACACAAACUAUUUUUGUAAUAAUUAUUUUUGACCUAAUAAUAAUUUUUGUCCAUAA